UCCGCUUCCGGCCACUUGGCAUGGGAGUCGCUGACGAGAGGAUGGACGGUCUGGUAGCUCAGUGCUCCGCGCGGUUGCUGCAGCAGGAAAAGGAGAUUAAAUCUCUGACUGCCGAGAUCGACCGACUGAAGAACUGGAGUCACUUAGAAGCGUCUCCAAGUUUGGAAGAGUUACGAGAGGAAAAUUUAAAAUUGAAGUAUAGGCUGAAUAUUCUUCGAAGGAGUCUUCAGGCAGAAAGGAGAAAACCAACUAAAAAUAUGAUUAACAUCAACAGCCGCCUGCAGGAGGUCUUUGGCCGUGCCAUUAAGGCUGCAUAUCCAGACUUGGAGAACCCUCCCCUGGUCGUAACACCAAGUCAGCAGCCCAAGUUUGGAGACUAUCAGUGUAAUAGUGCCAUGGGUAUUUCUCAGAUGCUCAAAGCAAAGGAACAGAAAGUUAGUCCUAGAGAAAUUGCAGAAAACAUUACCAAGCAUCUGCCGAACAAUGACUAUAUUGACAGAGUUGAAAUUGCGGGUCCUGGUUUCAUUAAUGUGCACUUGAGAAAGGACUUUGUGUCAGAACAGUUAACCAAUCUCCUAGUGAAUGGAGUUCAACUACCUGUGCUUGGAGAGAAUGAAAAGGUUAUAGUUGACUUUUCCUCUCCCAACAUAGCUAAAGAGAUGCAUGUUGGCCACCUCAGGUCAACCAUCAUAGGAGAAAGUAUGAGCCGCCUCUUUGAAUUUGCAGGAUACAAUGUGCUAAGGUUAAACCAUGUAGGAGACUGGGGGACCCAGUUUGGCAUGCUCAUCGCUCACCUGCAGGAUAAGUUUCCAGAUUAUCUGACAGUUUCACCUCCUAUUGGAGAUCUUCAGGCCUUUUAUAAGGAAUCUAAGAAGAGGUUUGAUGCUGAGGAGGAGUUUAAGAAGCGAGCCUAUCAGUGUGUCGUUUUGCUGCAGAGUAAAAACCCAGAUAUCAUGAAAGCCUGGAAUCUCAUCUGUGACGUCUCCCGGGAAGAGUUUAGUAAAAUCUAUGAUGCAUUGGACAUCACUUUAAUAGAAAGAGGAGAAUCCUUCUAUCAAGAUAGGAUGAAGGAUAUUGUAAAGGAAUUUGAAGAUAAAGGUUUUGUACAAGUGGAUGAUGGCAGAAAAAUUGUGUUCGUGCCUGGGUGUUCUGUACCAUUAACAAUAGUGAAAUCAGAUGGGGGCUAUACCUAUGACACAUCUGACCUGGCUGCCAUCAAACAGAGACUAUUUGAAGAAAAAGCAAAUAAGAUUAUUUACGUGGUGGACAAUGGGCAAGCUACACACUUCCAGACAGUGUUUGCUGCUGCUCAAAUGAUUGGUUGGUAUGACCCUAAAGUCACUCGAGUAGCCCACGUUGGAUUUGGUGUGGUCCUAGGAGAAGACAAGAAGAAAUUUAAAACACGUUCAGGUGAGACUGUGCGUCUGAUGGACCUGCUGGAAGAAGGGCUCAGACGGUCCAUGGACAAGCUGAAAGAGAAGGAGAGAGACAAGGUCUUAACUGAAGAGGAGUUGAAAGCAGCUCAGACAUCCGUUGCCUAUGGCUGCAUCAAAUACGCCGACCUUUCUCAUAACCGCCUCAAUGACUACAUCUUCUCCUUUGACAAGAUGCUGGAUGACAGAGGGAACACAGCUGCCUACCUCCUGUACGCCUUCACCAGAAUCAGGUCUAUUGCACGCCUGGCCAGUGUUGAUGAGGAGAUGCUGCAGAGAGCCGCUCGGGAAACCAAGAUCCUUUUGGACCAUGAGAAGGAGUGGAAGCUGGGACGGUGCAUUUUACGGUUCCCCGAGAUCCUGCAGAAGAUCCUAGACGACCUGUUCCUCCACACUCUCUGUGAUUACAUUUAUGAGCUGGCAACCACGUUCACGGAGUUCUACGAUAGCUGCUACUGUGUGGAGAAAGAUCGACAGACUGGGAAAGUAUUGAAAGUGAACAUGUGGCGAAUGCUCUUGUGUGAAGCAGUAGCUGCUGUCAUGGCCAAGGGCUUCGAUAUACUGGGAAUAAAACCUGUCCAAAGGAUGUAAUCCUUAGACUGGGGACUGUUUUUACCAAAGUAGCCAUUAGUACUGUUUGCUUUUUAAACAAUCAUGUGGACACAAAAAUAGUAAAAGAAUUUUCACAACUGU